CGUCACCAGCCUCUCAGCCCCCCCGUCACGUGGUCCACUGGCCCAAGAUGGCGGACGCUCGCAGUGUUGAUGCCUGAUGGAAAGGAGGCUUGGAGUUGAAGGCACCGAGCAUUGUGAGACUUCCAAUCCAGCAUGAACAAAAUCCCUGGGCUGUAUGAAGAUCCAGUGGUUGUCGCUAAACGGCAGGAACAGCAGUACUACCUCCUCUCGCAGCUGCAGAAUCUAGUCAAAGACUUGUCAAGCUCGUGUCAGCAGCGAUUGUCGUAUGACAUACUGAGCAACCUGGCCUUGGCCUUGAUCGAUGGUACUGUCUUUGAGAUCGUGCAGGGUUUGCUUGAGAUUCAACAUCUGACUGAGAAGAAUCUGUACAACCAACGCCUGAAGCUGCACAGUGAGCACAGAGCCCUGAAACAGGAGCUCUUGAGAAGACACAAGGAGGCAAUUCAGGGCUGCAAGGCUCACAAUCUAACUGUUCUACGAGCAACACAGCAAAGGGAGCUGGAGACCUUGGAGCAGAGGGUUAAGGAUGAACAAAGGAUGAUGGAUGCGAAGAUAGUCUUGGAGUUGGAUCAGAAAGUGAUUGAUCAACAAAACACACUGGAGAAAGCUGGAGUUCCAGGAUUUUAUAUUACCACAAAUCCUCAGGAGCUGACUUUACAGAUGAAUUUGCUGGAACUGAUCCUAAAAAUGCAACAGAAAGCAUCGGAGUCGAGGAUGUGCUGAUCUGGUGUCGGCUUCCAUUUGGAUAAGAUCCAAGUUAGGCUUCAAUUUGAAUAAGGCCUAAGGCGGGCAAGUUUCACCGCAAACCUUCCAGCGCCCAUUGGGUUUGAAAUGGCUGGAGCCAAGGCCUUUACUAUCCACAGUGCAAUGCCGCUUGACCUGGAGGUCCUGAGAUGGAGAGGGAGAGGAUGUCUAUCUUCUGUCCUGAGAUGAAUCCGGGAUGGCUCAGCAACAAUGUUUUCUGUAUGUUUAAAUGCCUCCUGCAUGUUAUGGUAACUCCUGCUAUUGUGCAUGAGCCUCCAAUGCUGAUUUGUAAAACAGAUUAGAGUCAUCCCCAUUCUACAAUCGCCACAAGUUCAAACCACCAGAUCAUCACUGUUGUUUAUCCAGCGUUACUUUUAUAAGUGGUACGUCUAGCGUAGACAGUUUGCCGCACUUUGUAAACGGUUCGUUGUUGUUCUCGGUGAGGCUUCUCAUAAGUUCGAAGAAAGACAC